AUGCAAUUCGUUGAAUUUAAUUCAAAGCGUAAUCGACGUCAAAGAUGGCAACUAAUUUGGCCAAGAUCAUUAGUAAUUUUCAUAACAAUUACUGAGAUGUUAUUAACAAGUGCUAUUAUUGGUCUAGAAUUUUGGAGUAUGAUUAUCAAUGUAAAAUAUUCAUUUUUUUUCAUUGGUUUUCUUGCUUCAUUAUUCUUUAUAAUAACUUCGAUAUCAAGUUUUACUAUUGUCUGUUGUUGUGGAAAAUCACUCAGUUGCGCGAAAUAUAUAUUAAUUGUACAUAUUCUGUCGAUUGCUUCAUCAAGCGUUCUUCUAUUUUAUGAUGUUCUAUUUCUUCGUAAUUCUUAUACGUGCUUGUGGCCAAAUGGCUUGUGUGAUGGAAAUCAAUUAAAUUUUAAUAUUUUUGGUAUUGCCUGGGGCGUUAGCAGAGAUAUUCCGUCAAUUAAAUUUACUUUGAUUAUAAUACAAAUAAUCUGCAGUGCUAUUAUGAUCGUUUUAUGCUUAGUGUAUAUUUGUAUCUACAUUUAUACGAAUAUUAGAGUUUACACAAGCCAUAUAGUGACUGCUUCACAUGCAGUCAUUGAACUCGGCCGUGUAAAACAGCCACCUCCUCCGUAUUGGCCAACACCACCAAAAACACUACCUCCUUCGUCUGAAUUUUGA